AUGGACCAAGAAAAGCAUUCGUAUACCGUGGACAACAACGUCGAAGCGGGUGAUUCGUCCAUAUCCUCAACCCAUUCUCAGGAACGCGAUGACAGCUACGAUAUCUAUAAGCGAUACCGGGGAAAUGACUACACACCAGAAGAAGCCAAGGCAGUCCUUCGCAAGAUUGACGUGCGUGUGGUGCCGAUUCUUUUUGUUAUUUACUUGAUUCAAUACCUGGACAAGAACAGCAUCAACUUCGCGUCUGUAUAUGGGUUGAAGACGGCGACGAAACUAAAAGGGCAGGACUACUCCUGGUUGAGUUCUAUCUACUACAUCGGCUACCUUGUUGCUCAAUUGCCUGCAGGAUAUGCCUUGCAGCGAUUGCCACUUGGGAAGACCCUAGGAAUCACUACGUUUAUCUGGGGAGGCCUACUCAUGACAACUCCCGCUUGUCACAACUUUGCGGGCAUAGCAUCAAACCGAUUCCUACUGGGAUUCGUGGAAGCCAUUGUUAAUCCCGGAUUCGUCUUGAUGAUGAGCGUGUGGUAUACUGCCAAAGAACAGCCGCUACGCUUAGAGGCAUACUAUUGCACAAACGGCAUUGCUACAAUGUUCGGAGGACUUAUCGGCUACGCCGUCGGCCACAUUACCACCGGGCUUCCCCGGUGGAUGUAUGUUUUCCUCAUCUUCGGUGCUAUUUCACUAGCUACCGGUAUCGUUGCAUUGCUCUGGCUGCCUGAUCUCCCAUCCACGGCAAAGUUUCUCACGGAAAAGGAGAGAGCGAUUGCUGUUGAGCGUGUCGCUGAGAACCGACAAGGCAUUAAGAACCAUCACUUCAAGUGGGAUCAAGUCUGGCAAGCUAUUCGCGAUCCCAAAACAUGGUUAUUGUUCAUCAUGGCUGUCGGGGCCCAGGUGCCAAAUUCAGCUCUCACAAGUUUCACCUCAAUCAUCGUCAAAUCCUUCGGCUUUGACACACUCGGUACCCAAUAUCUCCAAAUCCCCGGUGGUGCUGUCCAGUUCCUCGCCCUCCUAGGCGGAGGAAUCGUCGCAACUAAGUGCGCCGACAAGUUCCACGCACGAAGCGCUUGCAUGAUAGUCGCCAAUACGAUCUGCAUCAUCGGCGCAGGAUUACUCGUCGGUCUCCCGGAUUCGAAUAAGUGGGGUCGUCUCGUGGCGCUCUGGCUGUGUUACUUCCAGGGAUUGGGCUUCAGUAUGAGUUUGGUCAUCGUCAGCUCUAAUAUUGCUGGAUCCACCAAGAAGCAAGUCACCAGUGCGAUAUUGUUUAUUGGAUACUGUGUUGGGAAUAUCAUCGGGCCUCAGACGUUCAAGGAUAGUGAGGCGCCUGGGUAUCAUAGUGCCUAUAUUGCAAUGUUGGUUGGGUACGUGGUUAAACUCAGCAUGAUCGUCGCUUUGUACCUCUAUAUGUACACAGAGAACAAGCGUCGUGAUCGUGAAGCUGGAGGUGAAGCUGUCAGUGAUGGAGUCGAAGCUGGCAUGCUGGACCAAACAGAACUUGAAAAUAAAGGGUUUAGAUAUGUGUUAUGA